GAGAAUGUGUAAACAACUAUUUCCGGGUGUUUUAACACGCUCAAAGUUAAUUAACUGAUGCAUGCCUUAUUUGCCUCGAUAGCCGGGUUUCUCGUUAUUAGAUAAUGGGACAUUGAAUACACGUUCGCUAUAGCUUACCGAGGUUUCUUGUUGGACUAGAGCUCUAUGACUUGUGAAUUACAGCAGGGGCAGUUCACACCACACUGGCUCGUUAGCUAUCAUAGCGAGUUCGCUAACACUUGCACCAGUUUAGCACCUCAACAGCACUACUGUCCUCUGCCUCUCGGAUGUUAGCCGAACGCACAACGUCAGCCGUCCGGCAGACUCAGCAGGAUGAUUAUUUAAUGUUUUGAUGGUUAUUUAAUGGAGAGGCGAUCCUGCAAUCUAUUUGAACAUUUUGCUCGCGGUGCCUGAGACUAGACAUUGGGAGGGAUGGACUCAAAGAGAGAUAACCAAGAACCAGACUACAGUAAGAUCACCACAUUACUGCUCAAGUCCAGGACUGGGGAAUUCGAUGUGGAAUCCAUUCUGUUUCUCAAAUUGAAAAGUCUCGGAAUAUGCGAUCUGGGAUGCAUUGGAGAAUGUAUAAACCUUGAGAGGCUCGAUCUGUCUGGAAACAACAUCAGCAACUUAGCUCCCUUGGCGUCCCUUCGACUUCUCCUGGUUCUUAAUGUGUCUGCAAAUCGAAUUUCCAAUAUAGACCCCUUGUCUAGCUGUGAAAGCCUACAGAGUCUUAAUGUGGCUGGAAACCUUAUACCCAGUCCUGACAGCCUCCUAUGCCUUAAGUCUGUAAAAAAGCUGGAAAGUAUUCGACUUAAGGACAACACCUACAACUACUCCAACCCAGUGUGCAAAAACCCCUCCUAUCGGAAUAUACUCUUAGAGAUGUUCCCGAACAUCAAAGUCCUUGAUGGUGAGCGAGUGGUUGGGCGGGGAAGUGACUUAUACCAACUAUGCAAAGAUAUCGACGACACCAUAAAAGCUGGUAUGUAUAAAAAUGGACAGCUGCCUGAGAUGCUUGACUGCAAGCCUUGGGUGGAAGACGGCUACUGGGAGAUAAAGCGCUCGAACAACGCUAUAGUUGACGAAGCCUACAAACAGUUUAAUGAUGUUCUCCAUGAAUGUAGGCAGCUGAACAACAGAGCUGCUGUGGCCAUCUCUCAGACGGAGAGAAGCUUAUGUGGGAAGAACCAACCAAAGCAGUACGCUGUUUGACACAAGCGAAUCUCCUCAUAUAACAACAUGAUUCAUAUAUCUGAAGUCAUCUGCUCAUUUACAUCACAUGAUGGACCAUUGUCAUAAUAGAGAAACAUAGCUUUAUAAAAAAGAGUUUGUACCAGCCUGGUUUUACCAUAGACUUGCAUUAGUUUCCUACUACAGAGGGAGUGGCACGGACAAAUUCUGCACCAGUUACAGGCGGGAGAGGUUUGGAUUUGAUUUUAGCCAAUUACUAACCCCUGCUUACAUACUGCCCGUAUGUAAUGCGUCAUUGUUCACCCCUGUCCCUCGUCCCUCUGAAUGGCCAAGUUAGCAGGAAACCCAUGUAAUCUCUGUCCAGAAUAUCACACCCAGACAUGAAGUGAGUUACGGAGAGGGAAACGAGAAUUGAGUGGAGGCUUAAGGAUGGCAAGGUCAGGCUGUUCGGACUGCAAGACCCAUGUGGUAGACAUACUGUAUGUCCUUAACCUUCCAUCAGAAGCAGACGUCCAGGCUUCAGAGAGUGAAAGUCCUGCCUACCUGUUGAGUUUUCACAUACUGUAGUUGAUCAAAUUACUGGAAUCACCUGUAUUGAAAGCACAAGCUGAAGGGGGAAAACAAACGACAGGACUUGUACUUUCUCAGUCCAGUUUGUCCCUCUCUGCUUUACGUGUUGGUGUGUUUUUUGAAGAAUUUACCUUUCCGAUGCUUCAGACGUGUUUCGACCAUGGUGAAAAUCUAGAGCUGUUUUUCUCCAUUAACCCACCCUGUUCAUCAAGUCAUCUCAGGACGCCUGCCUCAAAGUCCUUUGCGCUCAUAGCACAAUACUGUACAGAACACAAUGCUUUAAUUACUGCUGCUACAUGGAUGAAAAAGGAGUUUUCUUGAACAUAAACUCCAUAAACAUUUUGAAACAAAUGUGUGUUUAAGUUUGGAUGUUUGCGUUAUGCCAUUAUGCACUGCUACUAUGAACAUUAUUAUUGCUAUUAUGGCCUGGUUGUUUGGCCUUGGCUACAGGGUAUGUUUUGUGUCUGCUGGGAAAACUGACAUGCUUUACUUGUUUUUUGUUCUAGCAAGCCAUUUAAUAUUGUAUUUAACGACAUAUCAAAGUCUUGCCUUCGAGUCUCUUUCAGAAGUCUCUAUGAGGGCAAAAAUGCAACUGGCACGAAACGAACAGAAUGUUGACAGCUAUUGCAGUUUGCUUCAUCUAUACGUUUUGUGUGAGUUUCCCAAGUUUAAGUUGACUGUAUUAUACAAAUGACUACAUGUUUUAUGACAUUACCUUAGCAAAGGCUGCAUAAAGAGAUGUAUUUGGGGUAGUGACUGUUUCUUUUGUACUAGCAUCUCUAACAAAAUCGUAUCCACUUAUGCCCUGAAAUUCACUUGUGUGUGCACAUUGCCACCUUGUGACAGAAAGGGCACACUGUUUUCCAUGCACAUGAGACAGUUGAAGGUUACCUCUCCAACUCUCUUGCAUGGAAAACAUUCCUGUAGGGAUAUGAAAACCAUGAAUGUAGUGUAAAUGUAAAUGUAGUGCCGUUUCAGUCAGCCAAAGCAAGUUUGGGCUACCCUGUGUGACGGCUAUUUUAUUUUCUAUUUUUUUAAUCCUUACCUUCAGCUUCUUAUGCAUCUGUUGGCUUUUCCAAAUGACAUCUCGUUAUACUUUGUGUAGUGACAAGUACUUCUUGUCUUACUUCAACUAUUUCGAUUUUAUAAAAUAUUUGUCGAUUGGACCCAAGCCAUUUGGCAUUUCAUGUAACGCUACAUUGAAUAAAGAUUUUCUAUGUCAUGCAUCUGA